UCGCUGAGGAGCGCGUUCGAAGCUCUCUUCCGCGCUCACAAAUACAUCCCGGCCACCGCCUCCGUCUAGGUGCCUACCGAACGGACGACCGCGCCGGGAGUCAGUCCUCUGCUGGCCAUGGCCGCGAACGGAGCCAACGGAGUGAACGGAGUGAACGGAGGCACCAUGGACGUCCCCGCCGUGGUGGGCGAAGCCAUCAAGACCGUCGCCGGCAAGGCGGGCUUCAAGAAGCCGCGGUUCCACAUCGAGUCAGGCUCCAACGACGGGGACGGCUACACUAGCAUCAUCUACAGGGCCAUCGUCCGGGAUGAGGACAAGAGCGGCCCCGACGAGCUGCGCCUCAUCUGCAAGACCACGGCGUCGGACAUCGGCAGCGGCGGCCCCAUGAUGCAGUUCAUUUACGCGGCGGAGGACGAGUUCUACGGCCGCGUGGCGCCCAUCCUCACGGACAUCGCCAAGCUGCAGAGGCCCCUGCCGUGGCCCAGGUGCAUGUACUCCAAGCCGGACGGCGCGCGGCCGUGCCUGGUGGUGGACGACAAGUGCCCCGAGGGCUUCCGCAUGGCCGACCGCCGCGUGGCACUGGACGAGCACCACAUCCGACACGCCCUGAGCCAGCUCGGCCGCCUGCACGGCGCCGCCAUGGCUUUCGAGGUGCAGCGCCCCGACGAGUUCAACGCCAUCGCCGAGAAGCUCACGGUGCCCUACAAGAGGGAGGACAUCCGGGAGAUGUGGAAGACGUUCAUGAACGUCUCGGAGACCACCCCGGACAUGAUGCUGGAGAGGUACCCCGAAGGCAGCCCGAUGCACGCCAAAGUAAAGCACCACUUCUCCACGUUCGGCGAGAAGUUUCUCAACGAGUUGUUGACCCCCGGCAGGGAGGUCGGCAACAGCAUCAUCCACGGUGACUGCCACCUCAACAACAUGCUCUUCCAGUACGACGAGGCUGGCGCGUGCACGGGGUGCUGCCUCAUCGACUUCCAGACGACGCGCUACUCCACCACGGCGCAGGACCUCAGCACGCUCCUGAUGUGCUGCACGGAGAAGGCCAUGCGCGACAAGCACUGGGACGCCCUGCUCAAGCACUACCACACCGUGCUGCAGGACACGCUGAGGGCCGCCGGCAUCAAGGACCCCGACAGCGUGUACUCGUGGGAGCAGUUCAUGAGGCGGCUGGGCGACAUGGCGGGCUACGGGCUGUUCGUGACGCCCAUGAUCCUGUUCGCCUUCUACGCCAACCAGGCGGAGGUGAAGGAGCUGCAGGGCUCCGUGGCCUCGGUCCUGAACGAGAGCGACAUGACUUCGGCCACCAUCAACAUCAAGUGGAGCGCCGACAUGAGGCGGCGCGUAGGUGACGUCAUCGACGACAUGGUGCGCUGGGGGUGGCUCUAGGCCACGCUGCGACCCUCACCAAACAUUGUAACUGAUAAAAAUUUGCUUUGUGAUAUUAUUGUAUAUUUCGUUGGCCACGGCCUUCGACUGAAACUAGUAAAACUGUGUUACUGUUAUUGCUCCACACUGUCAUUACAAUAAAGAACAUGUCGUUAAAAAAAAUC